AUGAAAAUUCUUACCUCAAACUUUGUCACCUGCGCCGUCAAGGCAUGCAAAUCCUCCUCCGCAUCAUACCCACUACACUUCCGCAACGCAGAGCUCGAAGAAGAAGAACUCGACUUCCAGCCUGACUUUAUCCGAAAUAUCUUACCCCGGAUAGAUUGGGCUGCUCUCAAAAUAAGUGCUAGUGAAGUGAGUUAG